AUGGAAAUUGUCUUCGAACGCUCCGAAGUCGCCACAUCACUCGCUCGAUGUCCAACAGAAAUCGACAUGAAAACGAUCGGAGAAGUUGUGACCAAGUACUCUGGAUUAUCUUCUAGCAUUCAAAACUGCCGUGUUACUCAGCACGUUGUCGCUCCAACCGAAAAGGGAGAAUCCAUCGUCCGUUUCGGUUCUCCACUUCAUCGGGUCAUUGAACUAGUCAGAAAGAUGAGCGAGUUCGGAUCGGCAUGGAAAAUCAAUGUGGACAACUUUGAUGAAGAUCUCGGUGGUUCGAAUGUGAAGCUGUGCUUGAAGAAGGGAUGGCUGAAAUGCAAGAAAGAUGUACAUAUUACGUAA